AUGUCGAAGAAAGAGACUAAGACAGGCAUAGGCUUGCGUACUGCUACGGCGAUCUAUCUCAUGGGGCAUGGCCUAGUGGCUGGCCCUAGACGGCUCUUCCGAAACGCCAAUCUCCCAGAACGACUUCGCCGUAUCCAAAGUCAGGCGCCAAAGACGCACGAAAAGCUGACAGAUGCAACAACCGAGCUGGAAGAGCUGGAAGGUCAACUCGUGCAGCUGAGAAGGAGGAAGAACGCUGUGUCAAGAGAUCAUGAAGAGUGGAUAGAAGAAAUAUCAGAUGCGUCAAGUAUACGCGAUUUCCGGCUUCCAGCCGCAACCAACCAACUUUCUGCACCUGAGCUACCUGCUGUCAUCACCGAUAGAUACCUCGCAGACUUUUCAAGAAGGCUGAUGCGAGCCCGACACAAACGGCUACGAUUUGUAGACGAAUGGGAUCGAGUGGUACAGGAAGCUGCUGAUGUCCAAGCCGUAGUCGAUGCGGCAGCGUCAAAGCAGCUUGACUUUGGCAAAGCAUCACCGAGCUCAUCAUGGGUGGAGCGGAUAAGGUUCCUCACGCCAUAUACCAGAUAUUUGCUCCACUCAAAGGUGAUUCCAGGUGUGAGGAUGUUCUUUGGCGCAAUAUUUGCCCUGGCGUCGGUGUGUAUUGUCUGGUCUGAACUGAUCAAGUUUGUUGCGCCACGGCUCUCAAUCAUCAGCUUCACCAUCCUCUCUCACCCUCAGGCAGACACUGCCUCCACUGGUUUCAGAGGCCAAGUGACAGCUGCGCUCUGGCUCAUGUACAUGUCGCUAUGUACCCUCGCGAGCUUCUCCGAUGUCAAGAUCUGGGGCAAUCGGGCUCUCGUACCGCGGAACACCUAUGGAGAAAGCGCCACAUGGUAUUCGUCCCAGGUUGCCAAACUUACAGUACCAUUAGCCUACAACUUCAUCACCUUCCUCCCACCUUCCAUUCACCGCGAGACGACAUUCUACGGCUUCCUUGGCCAGCUCAUCAAUCUCACCCCACUUGGCAAAUGGUUUGACUACUUUUUCCCGAUCUUCAUCCUCUUCCCCGUUUGCGCCACUUUAUUCAACCUUUAUAGUCGAGUACAGCGCAUCUUUGGAUUCGGCAUUAUCGACGAAGACGUCGAGUCGGGUACUUCAGCACUCGGCACCGGAGGUUGGAGAGAAGGCCGCGACUUAAUCAACCGCGAAUUGCAAUCCUCAGCACGACUUGGCCUGGCUUCGCGCAGUGCUACGGACGGCGCAUCAUCGCCUCUUCCACCAGGCAAUCAAAGCCCGCGCCGCAAUACACCAAAUGCCAACCCUAGCAACGCCAACGCCCGUCCAGAGCUCGGCCGGCAAUCAACGGGAGCAAGACAGGCUCAGCGGCUUGCUGACGCUACACUUGCCGCUGAACAAGAAGAUGAAAGUUUCUUCGAAGGAUUUGCGCACCGGGUGAAGAAUACAUUCGACACGAUUGAACGACCGUCGUGGCUCGAUGAGCUAGGUAAACGGCCGAAAUGGAUGGGCGGCGUAGAGGGUAAUCAGGAGAGCUCUGGUCGCGCCGAAAGUGGAAGAGGGUUGGGGAGGUGGUUCGGAGGUAGGGGUGACGAUGGGAGAAUACGAUUAUGA